CUUGGGGCUGGGAUUAGCGGAGCAGGAUUAAAGCAGCCAUUCGCAGCCAGGUAAUCCAGCCAUCUGUCAGAGAGCAGGGGAAGCUGUGGCGGGCCAGUCGUUCGCCUCCACAUUCUACUGCCGAAUGCCAGUGGCAAGAACGUGCUCUGAAGGUUGAGACCGUUCUCAAGGCUUCCACCGGCUCUGCAAGCCUGUGUCCUUCUAAGGAGCGGUAUCUGACCGUGCUUCACGUUUCAAGAAAAGGAACCAUAGAGGAUGGAGGAAACGUAUCUUUUGAACCACCAUGGGGUCAAGAAGAAGAUCCUUCAUGGUGGUGUAGGACCCAUGCCUCACUUUCCUCCUGGAACCAAGCUGGCGUUCCAUUUUCAGACUCUCAAGGACAACUUUGAGAGGACAGUGAUCGACGACAGCCGCAAAUUUAAGCGUCCCAUGGAGAUCUUUGUGGGCAAGAUGUUCAAGAUGGAGGUUUGGGAGGUGCUGCUGACCUCCAUGAGGGUCAACGAGGUGGCAGAGUUUUGGUGUGAUGCUAUUCACACAGGCUUGUACCCCAUUGUGUCCAAGGGCAUGCGCCUCAUAGCUGAGGGCAAAGACCCCCUGGAGGGCCAGAAGCACGUGUGCGGCAUGGGAAACAUGUUCAAUUACAACUUUUCCGGGCAUCCAGACCUAGAGGAACUGAUGAAGGAACCCCAGCCUCUCAUCUUCAUCAUGGAGCUCAUCUCGGUGGGUGAUCCCUUCUCUUACAAGCGUGAGUCCUGGAUGAUGGAGAAGGAUGAGAAGCUGCAGGCCGUUCCAUCACUGCACCUGCAGGGCAACGCCCUAGUCAAGCAGGGUCGCUUUCGUGAGGCUGCCAAGAAGUACCAGGAAGCUGUUGUGCUGUUGAGGACUGUGCAGUCCAGGGAGAUGCCGGGAGAUGAGGACUACAUCAACCUGGAUCGCCUCAUCACUCCCCUGGUACUCAACUACUGCCAGUGCAUGCUGGAGCUGGAGGAGUACUACGAGGUGCUGGAACAUACCACUGAACUCCUGGAGAAACACAAAGACAACGUCAAGGCCUACUACAAGAGGGCCAAGGCACACGCCGCUGUGUGGAAUGAGAACGAGGCCCGGAAGGACUUCCUCAUGGUGGCCAACCUGGAUGUGACACUGGCUCCGCUGGUACGUAGCGAGCUGAGGCAGCUGACCGAGAGGAUGCGGGAGAAGUACUGGGAGGAGAAGAGCAGCUACUGGGGCAUCUUGGAAGUAAAACAUGGGCAAAAGAAACCAGGAGAAGAGGAGGCAGAGGAGGAAGAAGAGGAGGAAAACACCUCAAGCCAGGAGAGGGGGACCUCGCCAACUCUCAGAGUGGAGACAAAAUGCAAGCAGGAUGCAAUGGUUGCAAAGGGUGACAAAGCCGACGAGGGGACCGUAAGCAGUCAAGGAACUAAUCAAGGUCCCCUUUCGCUGACAGAGGGGAAAGACUGGCAGCAAAUGCUGCGACUGGUGCCACUGCUUCAAGGGGAGGGAAAUUUUCUCAUCAAGGAACAGCGGUACUUGGAGGCCACUGAAAAGUACAAGGAGGCCAUUGAAUACAUAAACUUCCUCCAAGAUAGGCCAGAGGUGCACUCUCAGGAGGAUGACUGGGAGUCACUGGAGAAGGUCCGUCUGCCUCUUUCCCUCAACUUGAGCCAGUGCUUGCUGGAGCUGGGCGAGUACUCCCAGGUGAUAGCGAUAAACACCAAGCUGCUGAAGAAACACAAAGGAAAUCUAAAGGCACUAUAUCAACGGGCUCGUGCCCACUCAGCCCUGUGUCAUGAGGAAGAAGCCCGGAGGGACUUUGGCCAGGUCACUAAGCUGGACCCAAAGCUCAAGCCCAUUGUCCAUAUGGAGAUGAAAAAAAUGGGUGAAAACAUGCGGGCCAAGCACACACAGGAGAAGAAGAACUACUGGAUGGUCACAGAGGAAAAGUGGGGCCAGGGCCGGAAGGGGAAAUGGAAGGGUGUCAAGAAGGGUAAAAACAAAAGAAUAGAUAUAAACCUGCAGGUCAAAGAGAGGGACGGGGGCAACAAGGGCCAAGAAGAGUGUGAGAAUGUUGUCAAAGACCAGGAGAGCAAAGAAGGACAAGAGGCAACAGCUAGCUGUGCCGAAAAGAAAGCAGGAAGGACAACAUGGAAGUCAGCUGGAAAAAAGGACAAUAAAAUUUCAGAUCUGACUUACAGCUGUGGGGCAGAAGGAGGUAAGAAUUUAGUGGCAAGAAAUGAGUCUCCUUCCACCUCAGAGUCAGCCGGUGGAAGUGCAGCAGCAGUCAGCAGUGGAGCCGAUAAGUGGACAGGAGAUGACAGUUUGGCCACAGACCUGUGCAGUAAGAGUCUGGGAGGUCAAGCUGAGGAAGGGGGCAGUGGCAUCGUUGGAGGCACAGAUGGGUCAGCAGCAGCCACCCUUACUGGGAGCAACCUGGGACACACGGCAGCAAGCAUCACAGACAAUACAGAGCAGAGGAACACAGGUGCUUCAUCAAGCGCAGAGAACACCAUCAACCAAAAUGUAGUGGAAUAGUAACA